AAAUUCUCUUUACAAGCACCAUAAUCUUUUCCCUUAAAACACCACAUAUUUUGCCUUCACUUUUCAAUACCUCCAAUCAUGGACCUCUCUUCUAGUUCAUCAUCAUCCUCAUCCUCAUCCUCAUCAUCAACCCCACGACCAAACAACCAUCAUCAUCACCUCCAUUACACCAGGCUACAUUAUCGAUUCAAACCAACUCAACCAGUUGCUGAACGGAUAGCUCGAGCGCUCCGUCACCCGCUCUUCCUCCUCCAUCGAUCCGAUUCCGACUUUUUCGUGUUAGGUGCUACGGGGAAUGUCUACACCGUGACCUUAUCUUCCACCCCUUCAUGCACCUGCCCCGACCGUACAACCCCAUGCAAGCACAUCUUAUUCGUUCUAAUCCGAGCGUUGGGCGUCUCGGUCGACGACGCGUGUCUCCGGAGGCGAACUCUCCGUCCAUGUAGGCUCAGCCGUCUCCUCGGGACGCUGACGUCACCUGAAGCUCUAGCCGAGGCAGGGGUACGCGAGAGGUUCCACCAACUUUUCUCUCAGAGGAAAACACAAGGCGAGUCCGGGGGAGUUAAGGAGAUAGAAGAAGGAACGGUUUGCCCCGUUUGCUUGGAGGAAAUGGAGAAAGGAGAGAAGGUGGCAGCGUGUUCCACGUGUCGGAACCUGAUCCAUGAAGAGUGUUUGAUGAGGUGGAAGAGGAGUCGAGGGAGGAGGUCGGCUAAUUGUGUAAUUUGUCGAGCCAGGUGGAGUAGUGAUCAAGAGAAGUAUUUGAAUUUGGCUGCUUAUAUUGGUCGUGACGACGUUGGCGACGGUGGUAGUAGCCUAUGUGCUGGAUAAAUUGUUGUAGGUCGUUAGUUGAAGGGUAAAAAAUUGAUAAUCACAAAUUCUUUAUGUUUAAUUAUGAAACUGAUAAUGGAUAAAUUUAUUUAAUGAUGUCAUGAAUUUGUACUAUGGGGUUAAUUAGAUGAUGUUUGGAUUUAAUGCAA